GGCUGCAUUCCAUGCAACUGUAAUCGGUAUGGGACGGAGCGGGAUGACUGUGAGCAGACAAAGGGACGCUGUUUAUGUAAGCAAAUUCCUGGCGGGGUGACGGGUGACAAGUGCGACAGGUGUCUUUCAGGCAAACCUCCAGGACCCAAUGGAUGUGACACACCUGGUCCAACUAGCUGUGAGAGCUUGUCUUGCAACUUUAGUGCCACCUGUGAAGUUGUUGAUGGACAAGCAGAAUGUAGGUGUAAAAUGGACUGUACGGGCGCAACACCUGGUAAAGUUUGUGGCUCUGAUGGCAGACAAUACCCUGAUGAGUGUACGCUGAGAGAGUUCCAAUGUCGAGAGCAGAAAGAAAUUAGAAUUGUGAAGAAAGGAGGUUGUGCAGGUAUUUCACCACUAGAGAGCAGCACAACUGGUCCCCCACCAAAUGGCUCUUCAAGAAAAACCACACGCCAUCUUGCUGAUUCUAGUCCGCCUGAACCAACACAAAAACCACCUGAAGAAGAAGAAGAAGAAGAAGACCAGAAAUUUGGCGGUUCAUUGUCAGAUCAACCUUUUUACGGUAGGAUAGGGGACGUGUGCCAGACUGAUGAAGAGUGUUCUGUUGCCCACAGUCACUGCGAACGCAGCUUCUGCGUAUGUGACCAAGAUUUCGUUCCUUCUGAAUUCAACAGUCUGUGCAUAGCCAAUCCAUCAGGCAUCGGCACCCCUUCAUUCAGCGGUCAGUCUUGGCUUCAGUUUAGAAUGCUGACUGGUGUGGAUAAGUUUAACAGGAUAGAGAUAACCUUUAAGACCCACAAUAAGGAUGGCAUCUUGCUGUACAAUAGCCAGUUUGUGGAGGGGCGAGGGGACUUCAUCUCACUGGCUAUUGUCAAUGGUUAUGUAGAGUAUAGGUAUGACCUUGGCAGUGGCCCAGCUCUGAUAAGAAGUACCAAGCCCAUCCAACUCAACAAACAACAUCAUGUGAUGGUCAACAGAUCUGGUAGCCAGGGGGCGCUACAAGUGGACAAUGGAGAGGAGGUCCUGGGCAGUUCACAGGGGAAUCUGCGGUCACUGAACCUUGACCAGCCACUCUAUGCUGGUGGGAUUCCAGACAUGACCAAUGAUAUGGUGACAGAGAUUGGCACAGGCCAUGGCCUGGUUGGCUGUGUGUUUGCUUUAACAGUAUCUAAAUCAGAUGGCAAUUCAAUCACUACCCGAGCGUACACGCUGGACUUACCACAAUCGGGCGAUAUUGUGUCUCACCAUGGAAUUGGUGAAUGCAGGGACAAUCCUUGCAGAAGUCUUCCAUGCCAAAAUGGUGGCUCUUGUUACUUCCGCGAUGAAGAAAACUUCCUGUGUGUUUGCCGACCAGGGUUUAAAGGGCCACAGUGUGCAGAGGGAAGGGACCCGUGCUCUUCAAACCCCUGUGAAGGUGGCUCCACUUGUCAGGUGGUGUCAGAUAAUGAGGUCAAAUGCAACUGUCCCAGUGGGAGGAGUGGCCAGUAUUGUGAAAAUUUACUUAUAUCACCAACGACCUUGCCACUCUAUACUAUCCCUGAAUUCAAUGGAAAUUCUUACAUAGAAAGGGAAUUCAAUGACAAUGUCCUUAGGGCAAUAGCCUUUGAAGUCUGGUUUUUACCCACCAAAGGAAAUGGCAUGAUCUUAUACUGUGGCCAGAGAGCUAAUGGGAAAGGGGACUUCAUUUCUUUAAACCUUAAAAAUGGCUUCCUGGAAUUUAAGUUUGAUCUUGGUGGAGGCCCGGCCUAUAUAAAAUCACCCAAACGCAUUGCUCUGAAUGUGUGGCACAGAGUGACGGUAGAGAGGAGAAAUCGUCAAGGCAACAUGAUUAUAAAUGGCACUUCUGUCAGUGAGUCAGGGCAAUCCAAGGGAACUUUGAAAGAUCUUAAUCUUGGACAGCCGCUUUAUAUAGGUGGUUUUAAAGACAAAAGCUCCAUCAACCCAGACUCUGGUAUUAAGUCUGGUUUCCAUGGUGCUAUACAGAGACUGUACAUAAAUGGGCGCAUGUAUGAUAAUUUACUGGCUGGGGCAGUAGCCAAUGAACAUAUGGGUAUAUAUCAGGGGCCACCCUGUACCAGCAACCCUUGUCAAAAUGGCGGCUAUUGUAAGCCAAAAUUAGCGGAAUAUGAGUGUAAAUGUAGAAUAGGAUAUGCUGGGGAACAUUGUCAGAGAGAAACUGACAUCGACAAAAACAGUCCCGUUCAUUUUGACGGGUCAACUUUUCUACAGUAUGAUAACCAAGCUGUGAGGAACCCACUCAAGAACAAGACCCUAGACAAGACAGCGAUACAGCGCAGUCAAAGGCAAAAUAGAUACCUAAUCCGACUUAGAACGACGGAAAAGAACGGCCUUGUUUUAAUAGUUCACAAAAGUCCUACCAUUAGAGGAGAUUACCUGGCCCUAGCUAUAGUGAAUGGUCACGUAGAGUUUAGCUACAAUCUAGGAAAACAAUCACCCACUGACAUCCAUAAAAUAAGAUCUGCAGUGCGAGUAGAUGAUGGCGACUGGCAUACGAUAAUAGCUGAGAGGGAUAAGAGGAAAGGAGUGUUAACUGUUGAUGGAAAUCGGCCAAUAACCAAGGUGUCUAGGCAAGGGGCAACUCAACUGGACACUGAUGGUCAGCUGUGGAUAGGCGGCAAACGCAUGCCCCCAGAUGGCCUUCCAAGAGCAUACUAUAAAGGUUUCCAGGGCUGUAUCCAAUACGUAACACUGGACAAAGAAGAGUUACAUUUAGUUGACCACCGGAAAGGACGAAGUUCUAUAAAAUUUUGCAAAACAUAGUGUAAAUUCAGUUAAUAUUAUAUGUAUAUAUGUGCAUUUAUGUAACGAAUUUAACCCAGUUUGGAUGGCCAGUACCAUGUAACAGCAUCGUGUUUUUUUUUUUUUUCUCCACUCCAGGGUGAUGAUAAGCAGCAUUCAAUAUUAUAUGGCCCACAUUCCCAGUUUUGUAACCUAAUUCCUACACGUCUUAUUAAACAUUUGGAAAUUUCUCUGCCAAAAGUGACUGCAUUUUACUGUACACAAUUACAGCAUGCUGUUGUGGUACAAACAUCUCAUUGGUCAUUGUGUAUAAAUGACAGCAUUUAAUAGUUCACGUAUGUACGGUUUGUCUGUAAGGCAAUCUAUUUUUAAUGCAAUGGCAUCCUGCCAUACCAUCUCACCUAACAGAACUGAGGCUCUAGCAUUGUGUUAUCCCACCAAUAUGAAGUAUUACUUCUGCAGUACCUUUUUACACACAACGCAUGUAGUCAAUAUGUAUCUAGGGAUAACCAUGC